CCAUCGGUCGAUAAUUCGAUAUAUACCCAAAAACGCAAAUGACCAAACUACCCAACAACCAUCCCUAUAUGUAUAACACACAGCCUCUUCUUUCUCACCCACAAACAACAAAACAUGGCUUCCACAAAAAUUUCCUUAGUCCUUUUCCUUUGCCUCUUAGGUCCUUGUAUAGGUGUUGGAACAAGCGCUGGUGGAUCAGUCAGUAGCAUUGUAACACAAGGUUUCUUUAACAACAUUAUCAACCAAGCCGGUAAUGGCUGCACGAGAAAAAGAUUAUACACCCGCGACUCUUUCAUUGACGCUGCUAAUAGUUUUCCCAACUUUGUUAGUUCCGUUACUAGACGUGAAAUUGCUACCAUGUUUGCUCAUGUCACUCACGAGACCGGCCACUUCUGCAACAUAGAAGAAAUAAAGAAAAGGUCACGUGGCAGGUGCGACGAGAACGUAGAGCAAAGACCAUGUCCAUCGCCGAGAAAAGGUCACUCCGGUCGUGGUCAGAGCCUCGGUCUCGACCUUCUAAGCCAGCCUGAGCUUGUGGGUAGCAACCCAACUGUAGCUUUCACGAAGGGUUUGUCGUUUUGGAUUAAUAGCGUAAGGCCGGUACUGAACCAAGGAUUUGGAGCCACUAUAAGAGCCAUCAAUGGGAUGGAAUGUAACGGUGGGAAUUCAGGUGCGGUCAACGCAAGGAUUGGGUACUAUAGAGACUAUUGUAGACAGCUUGGUGUGGAUCCUGGUCCUAACCUUAGGGCCUGACUGGAGCUAGUCUCCACUCUUUGGUUUUGCUUCUUCUUGUUUGUCUAUUUAAACCAAUGAAAAAGCCAAUCAUAC